AUGAAGUUGCAACGUUGUCUCAAUACUAUGCAGCAUAAAAGCAGAACUUUCAGUGAUGAGUCACUCGUCGUCAACAUCUUGGACCUAUGGAUGGCCGGACAAGAAACGACGUCGACAACUUUGUGCUGGGCAAUGAUCUACUUGCUGAGAAAUCCUGAGGUCAUUACCGAUGUAAGAGAAGAACUGCUCAAAGUUACUGGGGGAUCCAGACCUCUUUCACUUGCCGAUAAGCAGAAUACACCGUACUUCGUUGCUGCACUUACGGAGAUACAACGGAUGUCAUCAAUAUUGAAUAUAAACAUUUACCGAUUAGCUGACUCGGAUACCGAGAUUGGCGGGUAUCCUGUGCCAAAAAAUACAGUAGUAUCGGCAGAGUUAUCACUGAUCUUGAGCGAUGAGAGCAAGUUUGCAAAUUCUGAGAAGGUCAGCAAUUUUCUUUGA